CUUUUGACGUUAGACCUUCCGUAUCAGCGAGGUGCCAUUUGAUUCAUUGUGAAUUGAUUUAUCUCUGAAUCAGCAUUAACUGACUGCUAUCUGUGGUAAAAUGAAAAUGUGAGCCCGCUACAUGUUUUUCUUUUGACGUUAGACCUUCCGUAUCAGCGAGGUGCCAUUUGAUUCAUUGUGAGUUGAUUUAUCUUUGAAUCAGCAUUAACUGACUGCUAUCUGUGGUAAAAUGAAAAUGUGAGCCCGCAUUGAACCAAUGGAGAAUUCAUUAGACCUGCUGUUUUUCAAAGUCUUUCUUUACGACGGCAGGACGUCUUUUGUGGUGAUUUAACCAAGACGUAAACAUGAUACAAAUUACGCUGACAGUGUUGUUUUACUUGCCAUUACUUGCACAGUCGACGAUACUCCGUCUCCCUUGUCAAACCUUUGCCGAAUUCAGAGUGUUCCACAUGGACAAAGCUCUUAAAGGCCACGUAAUCAAAACGGAACGCGAUGUGGACGACAUUGGAUGCACGAGGAAGUGCGUGGAGCACCACAAAUGUCGAUCAUACAACUUAAACGUGCAGACCAAAGAGUGCCAGCUCAACGAAAGGCGACAUGGAGAAAACGGUACGCAGUUGGUCGAUGCUCCUGGUUGGUUGUACAAAUCGACUGAUUACAGCAAAAAGUUGAUUGGUGCGACAUGCCGAGCUCUUAACCCAUGUCCUUCUCACAUCUUAUGCAGAGAUAAAUGCACAAGCCCGUUUUAUGAAUGCGUUUAUUGCGAUGCGAAUCACCGUGGGCUACACUGUGACAUUCCACUUGAUAAAAAUGACUGCGAGAAGAAUCCUUGUCAGAAUGGCAAGUGUGUGGAUGAACAUGCCAGUCAUUUUUGCCUUUGUGAUCCAGGCUUUACGGGAAGGAAUUGUGAAUCAGACAUCAAUGAGUGUGAGAGCCUUCCUUGUUUUAAUGGAGGAACAUGCAGAAACGACGUGAACAGAUUUCAAUGCACCUGUAUUGCUGGAUAUUCAGGAAUUCAUUGCGAAGAAGAUAUCAACGAAUGUGCCAGUACUCCCUGCCAAAAUGGAGCCACUUGCAUUGAUAGAGUCAACGAAUAUACCUGCAACUGUUUACCAGGCUACACAGGAAAAGAAUGCCAAACUGACUUUAACGAAUGUGCCAGCAGCCCGUGUCGAAAUGGAGCCACUUGCGUUGAUGAAGUUAACAGAUACUCUUGUAAUUGUGUACCAGGCUACACAGGACAACAAUGCCAGACUGACAUUAACGAAUGUGCCAGCAGCCCGUGUCAAAAUGGAGCCAGUUGCAUUGAUGAAGUCAACAGAUAUUCUUGUAACUGUGUACCAGGCUACACAGGACAACAAUGCCAGACUGAAAUCAACGAAUGUGCCAGUACCCCAUGUCAAAAUGGAGCCACGUGUGUCAAUAGAAUCAACAAAUAUUCUUGCAGCUGUUUACCAGGCUACAUGGGACAAGAAUGCCAGACUGACAUUUAUGAAUGUGCCAGCAGUCCGUGCCAAAAUGGAGGGACUUGCGUUGAUAGAAUCAACGGAUAUACAUGCACCUGUGUCGCAGGCUACUGCGGACAACAUUGUCAGACUGCUCUAGAUUACGUCGGCUGCUACAAAGAUUAUGAUCCGAGGGCACUCCCGCAUGUGAGAGGGCUAGACGUUUCCGCAGGGCACCUUACAGCUAACUGCAUACAGGCUUGUUUCACAUCCAAUCAACCAUACGCGGGGCUGCAAGCUGGUCGUCAAUGCUUUUGUGGAACAUCAUAUGACAGAUACUGGAAAGAAAGUGAAAGCUCUUGCUCUUCACAAUGCCAAGAUAGCACUGGAAUGUAUUGUGGUGGAAGCUGGAGAAAUUCCGUUUACAGAACAGGUUACAGUUCACGUAAAAGACGAUGAAUCAGGUCUUUACUGAUAUGAACAUGAACACUUUUAGCAAAAUUUUUGAAAAGUGAGGACGAUGGUCUAGUUGAGAGCUGAGUGUCCUGGAUAAGUUUUUGUAAGGGUACAAUUUGUUAAUGAUUUCCAGAGUGAAACGUACCGACCACUGACCCAUUUAACUAUGGAUCAGAUUUCUAGAAAUUUCUUUCUCAGUGAUAUUUUAAUCUAGUUUUCACGUCUUAUUUUAAAUAAUCCCUUUUCAGAUUAGACGUAAAGUAUUGCACUGUGAAAAUUCACCAUUCUUAUAAAAAAUCGACACGUAAAGAUUCUUUAAAAAAAUUUGUAAAUUAUGAUAUAAAUGAAUUUUUUUCGUUUAGAACAUUCCACUUGCUUUUGUUUUGGCUUUUUAGAAGUGAACUGUUUAAGUCUCGAAAAAGUUAUCAUUAACGUUUCAUAUACAGUUUUUUUCUAAAGAGAUUAACUUUAUAAGAACACGAGCAACAACCUUGGUCAAAGUUGAAAGUGGACCAGGUUGAAGGCCGAGGUACUAUGGAUUGUGAGUAUGCCAAAACAUUGUUUUAAGAACAAAUCUUUUACGAUAGGUUAUAUUUCAUUUCAUAUAUAGUAGCCCUUCAGCAAUGCUGAUUUUCAAGGGGCCCUCUACUUGAAAAACGUACAGAAAAAGCUAUUGCAUAGAAAAUAAAUUAACCUAAUUACAAUUCCGUACCGUACCGUACUUAAAUCUGAGCUUUGUAAUUUAAAAUAAACAUCAACGGUAAAAAUAUCAAAUAGUUAGUAUCUACUGACAGUUGAGCAAGAAAUUUUUUAAAGUUGCUCAGGGAAGAUGACUGUUCACAUUCAGCUGAGACGCCAUUCCAAGAUCUAGCACCAUUACAUAUCUUUUUUUAAUGGUAUUAAAAAAACAAUAUCUGCAUGAUAUAUGCUUUAUAUGUUAUUUUGCAGUAAGGCGUUUUCUUAUGUUUUUGCUUCCUUUUGAUCAUACCCAAAUAAUUUACAAAAAAUUCAGAACAAUCCUGCCUCAAAGUUUAUUUAAAUAUUUAGAACAGCCAGCCUGAGCUAUAGUUUUCUGGUUCUUAGAAAAUGAAAGAGUAUACGCAGGAUUUAUUAUAUGAAAUGAAUAAUUAAAGGUUUCAUGGAAAAGCGGAAAUAUAUCAUGUACUUUCGCCUGACAGUCCUCUGAUUGUAAACCGAUGUUUUGUCAGAUACACUAAGGAUAUGUGCAGGCUUUAAAUGUCUGAAUGUAAAUUGCUUUUGCAGAAUUUCAAAAGCAGAUUCUGCAUCUCAUUUUGUUCCUUUUCAGCAUGUCAAAAAAGUUUCGGUUUUUUAACAUGCAAAGUGGACAAGUUGUAGUUCUAUACCUAAAAGAAUAUUUGGGUACAAGUAUACCAGUCCAAAAAUAGCUUUUGGGGCCAUUUUUUAAGCUUGUUAUGGAUUUCAUUUUAUUCAGCAUAUCGAAUUGUGUACUUGUACCAAACUUCAUAAUAUUAUCACGAGUUUGGUCAGUACUAAUUUUCAGAGAGCAAGUUGUUUAACAAAAUGAAAUGUUUCAAUAGCCAUAACCUUUUGCUUACCGUAAAUCCUCGAAUUAGUGCCCGGGGGCCUAUUUUUGCUAUAAGCCUCAAAGGGGUGUUUAUUUAAGUAGGGCGCUUACUUAAUUUUUCUGGUUGUCAAAGCAAUUCAAGCAAAGACAGAAAAGUAAAGGAGGGAUUUCGAAAAUAAAAAGAAGAUAGGCGUAAUAAAUAUGUUUGAGAGUGUGUUAAAAACGUUUCCUUGCUAUGAAACAUUUAAACUGAAGACUGACAGGAAUGAAAACUAGAACCAACUUUGUUGUUCAUUUCUACUCUUUUUUGCUUUCCAAGUUCCUGUAUGACUAAUAUUCAGGUCUCAGAAACUCGUUUUGGCUAAAAUUUCAUAUAGGCGCCCGUAUCUUAAAGAGGAGGUUGUGAACGCUUGCUCAAGGGGGGCUCGUCUUUAAUGGUUUUCCUGAUAGGGUAGGCGCUUGUUUAAGCAGGGUGCUUAUUAGAAGGAGGAGAUUUUUCCUCCUAUAUUACAUUGAUGUUUUGAAAUUCUUCUGCUUACUUCUUUAAAUUAAAAAAAAGUUAUGGAAAAAUCCUUGUCGAUAUCCUCCGAUAGCGCCGAGACUUUCAUAAUAUAAUCUGAAUACGUCAUCUCUCAACUAGUUUAGAAUCAAAGUAUAUUUGAAGAUGGGAUACAUUUUUAGAAUGUAUAGAAAAUUGGUUAAAAGUUUUGCUAUAAAAGUGCAAUUUCUUGUAUUAAUGCUGCGGUAAAUAUAGCUUAAAAGGCAUUUGAAAUCGACCCGGAUAACACGAUUUAAAUGGUUCUUCCGUAAAUACUUUGAAAUACGCCUCAUUUGGGCCGUGAUUUAUCGUCAUCCAAGGUAGCAGGGCUAUUACUACAACUCCAGUCAUCUUUCAAGCAACGGGGCUACGACGUCGUGAAGAAAAGGAUGUCUGCAGGCGCAAAAGGGAAAGGCAGUCAACCUUUAUGCAUCUUCAGUAGGCGUAAUGAACAACAGAUAGGUGUACAUGAUGCUAAAUAAACAUAGAAUAAACCUAGUGGGGUUCGGGCAUGUAGCAACAGAGCUUCUGGUAUUAUUUAAAAACUAGGUUAUUCGAGGCAGUUUUCUUUUCAAACGGGCAUCAAGGAUUUCGAUUGUUGGAGCAAAAACGUUUACACUUCCGAAAAACUCAAAUCUCGAAAUUGUGUCAUUUAAAAUUAUUCCUCCAACAAUUCUUUCUAAUCUUUAGCCAGAGUGCUGACAUAUCUUUGAAGUAGAUACCUCGUUUAAGGAUCUUAAUUAAACUGUUUUCCAUUUGUGGGUAUUAUCGAAACUGUUUCUAUUACACUAGGCAACCAAAGUGUUCGUUUGAAGUCCUACAUUAAUGAUGUAAAACAAGACUUUCAAUGUCUGAGGUUGGCCCAAGAUCUUUCUUCAGUCUAAAUUUAUGCUUUAGAUAUAGUAUCCCGUGGUCCCUAGAAUUUUAUACUUUUCUGGAAGUCAAACAUCUUUGCAUUGUGGUCCUACACCUCUAAUGACGUGUGCCGGUGUCAUAUGCGUGUUGGUACCCUAUGCAAAAGUGUAACAUUGUGAAACGCAAUGUGUUUCAAAUCAAGUGAUUUCAUCGUAGUGCGAUAUUAUGACACAUUAUAAUUAACAAAUAAAACACAAUGCUUUUUUUGUUUAAAAUUUCACACUUUUUAAUCAAAAAAACUUUGGAGUCGCCAUUAAUGUUGUACUUUUUUGCAUAAACUUAACAAGGGAAAUCACAGCACCGCUUCUUGUUAGUACCCCCUUGUUAGACAUAGUUCGAUUGUUCUUUAAAUUCUGAAAAAUUGUGUUCCCAGACCAGGUCGCAUGCUAAAUUCCACAAUUUGUUUCAGUUCCCUGUUUUUUAAAAGCUUGGGUUCGUUUUUGUAUAGGCAAAAUUGUUAUGCGUUUCUGUACCAGGACCGUUUUGCAUGCGAAAUUCCAAGUUCGUUUUGGUACCCUAUUGUUUAAGUGCUUGGGGUUACCGAAACGCAUAUGACACCGGCCCUGAUCGGGUUGAACUAAGGUAUAGUUUUCUAGGAGGCGCCAAUUUUGAGCCACCACACCACUGUGCUACAGCGUAAAAUCUCAAGCUAAAUCUAAAUGAUUUUUGCAAAGUAGAUACCAGGGGCAUACUGAGGUAAGGUAGUGUUGGGGAUUUUUGUAGAACCCGUCGGUAAUUUUGGGCUUUGUCAGUAAAUGUUAAGAUUUUGGCCUGUCGUCAUUGUGAACGACCUAUCGUCAGAUAUCAUAGAAAUAGUUUUGCAAUGAGUUUUACUCUAUUGAAAAACAUUCAUUUCUAGUUAGAUCAAGUAAAUGAAAACAUCCUACUUUUUUAAAAAAAUGAUACUUCAAAAUUUAAGGUCAUGCUAAAAUAGAUCCCAAAAUUUUCAAGGCCAUGAUUGAUUAUACCAAAAUCGAUACCCCAAAAAUUGUUUUCUACUUGAAAAAUGCCACAUCCCGUACCAAUGUAUGUUGAACCGAAUCCAGUAUAUUUCUAGUGUACCAUUCAAAUAAAGUCUUCUAAGGAAUUUUAACCUAUUUUUCAGCGCGUUCAACGGGCAUUUUCUUUCAUGCAGGCUAAAGCCAGGGUCAGGAAAACAUUACGGUCGCACGGCCACUGACCGGAAGAAGGUCCACGAAAACAAACAGAAGCGCCUAUGAUACACCCAAGUCACGCCCACUUUUUAUUAUUUUGCUAGGAAGGUUUGUCUUCUGGGAUGUUUUUGUCUAGAGGAAGGUUGACAACUUUUCUGGACUCUGGCUAUAGUUCCCGCAAAAGGCAAGGUAGAGUUUUUUGAGAUGAACGCUCUGCGAGAAAAGUUAUGAAGAGAAGAAGACAUGAGCAAUUUAAGGAUUGAAAAUGCAAGAUUGAUUUUUAUGAAGUCUGAUUCCUGAGAUUGUUUACAGUCUUUAACAAACCGAGCACCGGUCAAUAAAACAUUAAGCCAGGUCAGAGUUUCAAAGAUAAAUGUAUGUAUCUAAAUCAUACAUUUAAUCAACCAUCAUUUUAUUUAAGCCGUUGCAUUGUCAAAAAAAUAAUUGCACUGUCAAACAGUAAAAAUCGAAUAGAAUUAUCAUUUGAGACCAUUUGAGACCAAGUGUUACCAUUUGAGAAUGAUACAACACUGUUGUGAACUAGUGUCAAAAACGCUUUGGCCACUUGUUUAAAGCUACCAUGUCAUUAAUCACAUGUUUAUCCAUUGGCCUAGCUAAUAGUACAACUUCCCAUUGGAUGUGUCACCACUGAUCUCAAAAAAGGACUGGAUCGAGCUUCUCCAGCCCAGCGUUGAUUCCACAUUGCAGCGUCCAUCUUGAGACCUCGAUACGUUGAAUGAGACUAGAGAGCAAUCAUGUUGGUUGCAGUUCAACUUGCUUUUUCAUAGCAAAAUUCAAAGUAACCAUAGAAACAAAAACUUGCAUCAUUCGGAAGUGAUGUUAAACAUUUUUGCCGUGGUAUUAAGCUUAUGUAAGAUCACUGUUCACUUAUUUUCCUAGGCCUGUUGUAUCUUAGAAUAUUUAAGAGUUUAAUGAUUGUUCGACCCAAUCUUUUUUCGAAAUCAGUGCUCGUCACCAGUCCACAUGUAACGACAGAGUUGGAAUGGAUGGGUGUGUGAUCGGUUGCAACAAAAAACUCAGAGAAAUGUAGUUCUCUCGCUCUCUGUGUUUUUUCUCACCUUGCUUAAAGCCCAAGACACAAUAAUAACCCAUCUUAAUUAUUCCGUUUUCAAAAUUUUCAAUAAUUUUUGCGUUCGUAUUGAUACAAAAAUUUGUUGAUUUUGGAGAAUGCCUUAUACUAAACAUCGUUAAAUUCUCAAUUAGUAUAUGCUUAGCAAUUGACAGCAGUAUAUAACCGCCCGACAAAAACAUCCCAGAGAGCAAACCUUCCUCACAAAACAAUAGAAAGUGGGCGUGGCUUGGGUGUGCCACAGGAGCAUCUAUUGACCUUCCUCCGGUCGGUGGCCGUGCGACUGUAAUGUUUUCCUGACUAUGCAGCCACCAACCUAAUUUUUCCUUUUUUCGAGAAUCAAUGAAGAUAUAUUCAUGUCAUGCUAUUUAGGCAAUUCUUCUUUUUUAACUGAAGUUUAACCAAUGUUGCUUUUUGACCAGCCAUUUUUACUACAACAUUAGGCAAAUUU